GGGGCAAGCUACUCCAGACAAAGACCACACCGAACAAUAAACGAUAGUCUUUCAGUCGGUGACGGUCGCCUGUUGUCGUUUAUACUACCUCUACAAAAAUGUUUCCAAACGCAUCAAUAGGGAUUUUAAUUCUGGCUUUGUUCGUCACUACAGAAUCGGCCGAUUGGGGGUACGAGAAUGAAAAAGGCCCGGACCACUGGGCGGACUUGUUCCCAGAAGCAUGCGCCGGGGCGAAGCAGUCGCCGAUCAACAUUAACACCGAAGACACGGUCUACAACCCUGCACUUAAGGACUUCUCCGUGUUCUUCGACCCUCCACUUCCGGGUUCAAAGUUCUACGUGCAUAACAACGGCCAUACGAUCCAAGUAAAUACGGAGGGCAAGUUUUUCGUGAGUAAUGGCGGACUGACGGACAUCUACAGCACGGCACAGUUCCACUUCCACUGGGGACACAAGGCACAUCAUGGCUCAGAGCACACUCUGGACGGGGCACCAUCGCCAAUCGAGCUGCACAUCGUGAACUGGAACUCGCAGCUGUACAACUCUAUAGGGGAAGCGGCGGUGGAGCCGAACGGACUGGCGGUGCUGGGGAUGCUAUUUGAGAUCUCCGAGGAGGACAACCCCGUCCUGGAGCCCCUUGUCAACGUACUCAUGCACGUCAGGGAUCCAGACAUGAAGAUUAAAGCGGAAAUCCCCGCCGUCUCUAUGCGAGCGUUUCUUCCACGCGCUGCUGACCGUUACUAUAGAUACAACGGCUCCCUCACGACGCCAGGGUGUUUUGAAAGUGUCGUCUGGACGGUGUUCCAUGAAAAGCUGACCAUCUCAAGACGACAGUUGCACGUGUUCAGACAGGUAUUGAAGCCCAGUGGACACCACGUGCAUAAAAGGUCCACGCGCAAGCACAGCCGGUCACGUGCAGUCCGAGAAGUGUUUGAAGAAAUCGGUAUUGAAGACGAUAAGCGGGAGCAGGCUCGUUUCCGGCGCCAGAUAGUGAAAAACACGGAGACGCACGUACACGAGUCACUUCCGGAAGACGCGACAUCUCAUGAAGAGACCAUGGAACACCAUGAGUCUAACCAUACCGGAAGUCAUGGUCACGAGGUCAAGCCUCACACCGGUCACCAUGGUCACAAUGUUAAGCCUUCGCCAAUCAGCGCCCAUCCGGGAGCGCAUGAGUCCAACAUGACACACGCGGAACAGGUCCGGAUGAUGCUGGUGAACAAUUACCGGCCCGUGCAGCCGCUCAAUGGCCGCGUGGUGUACCGCAGCUUCCCUUUCUUCAACGAGCCAAUCAACAUCGACACGGAGGUCGUCUACAUAGACAAGGACAACUCGGAGUUGGCUCGAGGCGCGGCGACAAGCCUCGUGUCGUCUGCUUAUAUGUGUAUAGCCAUCAUAGUAGCGGCAGUUCUGUGUUAAGUGUUUAGGCGAUAAUAUUGUAAGACUAUUUGCGUGUUUUGUUUUCAUUUGUCUCUCACCAUAUACUAUUUCUUAGUUAAAAAACAUGCUUAUUAACUUAAAACGGGAUAGUAAUAAAAAACUAAAAGUGUUAAUUUGUGUAUUAGAAACGGCCCGCAAGUAAUUUUGAAAUGCAGUUAAGACAAUAACUUGCAAACGAAUAUAGUAUUGAAAACAUGUACGCUCGCAUCAUGUUGUUUUUACACUAUGAUAUUAUUGUUAUUAAAAAAGCUAAUAUACGCUAUUUUUUAGAAAUACAAAGGAUUUCAAAAAAUGUUUUGAAAAUUCUACUUCUCACCAAUAUUCAUAUUAUUGUUAUCUGCUUCACACAACUCGAAUAGUUCAUACAGCGGGAAAAAACAUUUAAAUGUACAACAACCGCACAAGGAAAUAAAAUAUCCAAAGUGCACAAAUUAAAAUGAAAAGACCUUGGUAGCCAAUCGUAUUCGCCUCAUGUUUGUGUCUUUCUAUUCGUCUUUGAAAAGGAUGCCAAUAAAUUGAAUCUGACUCCGGGUCGCAAUGAGAUUUAAACAAAAUGAAUUACGGUAUAUUUUGUUUGCCAAGGCCUUUUUUCUAGACGCUAGGCAUAAAUGGGUUAAGGCAAUUUUCAGACCAAAAAGAAAACGUGAAUUCAACUAGAAAGACUUAAACCUUUAAGUGUAGGAAUAAUUUCUUUGAUUGAAAUGAAAAUGAUUCAUUUAAAGAUGAAUUAAAAAUCUCCAAAAUUGUUUAAAUAAAUUAAAAUGUACGCAAACCAGCAUAGUAUUAUAGCACAUUAAUAGGAUAUACGUUUAUGCAUAUAUUUACUGAAGCUAGUGCAUAGAAAAGACAUAUUUGGAAAUGUGGUGAACCGAAACGUUAUGACAAUGUUUUUAUCAUGUUUGUACAUGUAUCAAUUGAGACUUUAUGCUAUCACGGUGGACAAGCGGAAUCGAAUUCGGACACAUAAUUUCUAUAUAACAGUUGUUAAUGUCAAUUAUUUCGGCCAUUAAACGGAAAUGAUAUAUUAUUAGACAACAAAACGAUAUUCGCUGUGUAGCACGAUUGUUUAUGUUUGAUGGAACAAACAUUAACAAUCACAAGCACAAAAGAGAACUGAAAGUUUCUUUGUUACUAUGGACAAAUUCUCAUAUUCAGAAAGCGGUGGACUAUAAUUAAACCAAAACUUUGCUUGGACAUUUUGUUUGUUGGAUAGAAUGGCUUCACUCUAUGAACGAAUAUCAUCCACCAAUUAAAACUAUAACCCUAUUAUAAUUAUUUUUUAAGUAUACUGAUACCUUUUAUAUAAAUAUAAACUAAUAUAAAAACAUUAAUUGUAUCAGUACCUUCGCUUUUUGUAUGCUGACAUUCGUGUCCGGAAUCUCCCUAUAUGUCCGGAAUAUGCAUCUAUUUAAAGUGAUUGUUUGAAGAUAUGUAACCUCGAUUUAUUAUUGUGUAAUACAUGUACACGUUUUAGAAUAAACAUUUAUUAAAACUAG